AUGGCUAAAAUAACUUGGACAGUUAAUCUGGUACCCAGAAAAAUCAAGCAGUAUUUUAGGCAGAAGUGGGAAUAUUGGGUAUUAAUGUAUAGAACAAUGUUUUACAAUGAAUUUACUACAUGGAAUUCAUGUAUUGAUACUGCCAUGGAACCAAUGUUUUGGUUUGUUGACCAUUUUGCUAAAUAUCUUGGACCUAUAAUGGUUACAUUUGUAGUUAUCAUGAUAACAUUUGUUGUUGCUGUAUUCUACACCUGUUUAUUUCCUCGUAUUUAUUUUACUUCCCAUACACUAGUCACAGUGGCUCAUUUUAUAUUUGGUAACUGGUUAUUGAUCAAUAUUGUCUUUCAUUAUCUGAUGGGUGUUUUCAGAAAUGCUGGUCAGCCUCCUUCUUCAAAUGUGGAGAAUUCGGUAUCAAUUUGUAAGAAAUGUAUAUCACCCAAACCACCCAGAACACAUCAUUGUAGUGUUUGUAAUAGCUGUAUUUUAAAAAUGGACCACCAUUGUCCUUGGUUGAAUAAUUGUGUAGGGUUUUAUAAUCACCAUCAUUUCUAUUUAUUCUGUUUGUAUAUGUGGAUUGGUACAAUCUAUGUCAGUUAUGUUGGCUAUGAUUUAUUUAUACAGCAUUUUUAUGGAAAUUCAGUAAACAGUCAUAUUCAAGAAAACAUAGUGAACUAUAAGGAUGAAAUGUUCCAUAAUUUAGUAGUGUUUGAGUUUUUACUAUGUACGGGUGUAUCUAUAGCUCUAGGACUGUUAACAUUAUGGCACUCUAGACUAAUAAGUCGUGGUGAAACUAGUAUAGAACAACAUAUUAAUGGUAAAGAAAGAAAAAGAUUAAAAAAGAAGGGGAGAGUUUUUAAAAAUCCAUAUAAUUUAGGCAUUAUAGCCAAUUGGAAAGAAUUUUUUGGUGUCACAAGAAAAAAGUCAUUCCUCAGAUUAGUAUUAUUCCCAUCAUUCCAUGUUCCUAAAGGUCACGGGUUAAACUGGAAAACAUCGACGUAUCAACUUAAAGAUCAAAAUGGUUUACAAUUAUUGUGA